AAGAGAAAGAAAAAAAGAGAGAAAUUAAAGAUUAGAGAAUAUUAUGGAGGUGGGCUCGUGGGUUACCAUUCAAUGCUCUGGUCCUUGAUGCAGGUGUUGCUACUGUAGGCGUCUUUAAUGCACACCUGCUCAAAAAAAACUCCCCUCUCUCUCUCACUCCCUACUUGCUUAAAUUCGAACGAGACAUUCCCAUUUCUUCUCACCAUUCUUGCUUCUUAACAACUGCACCACCACCACCACCUUCAUUUCAGUUGUCUUCUUCAUUUCUUGGAAGUGUCAUUGUGAUGUUGGCCCGGUUCACUCAGACAAAAACGAUGUGUUUUCUCAAGCAUUUGUUUUUCGAAACGCUUGAUAUGUUAACACAAGCAUAAUGGCCUUUGAUUGAGCCGUGCCAAUAUCUUAGUGCUCUUUCAUUCCUGUAGUCUCUCACGUGCACAAACAAAUUUCUGGACCCAAUCCAUCUUAAGGUGAGUUUGGAUUUUGUUUUCUCUAAACAAAGUGAAAAUUGAUUAUUAGAAAAUAUGAUAAGUUGAAAAUGAAAGGAUAUUGUCUUGUUUUAUUUUGUUUCAACAGUGUUAGCAUAAAAUCGAGUGAUUAAUAAAUAAAUAAAUAAAAACACUUUUACAUGCUUAGUUUUCAUUUUUUUAGUAAAAAAUAAUAACUAUCCAUGUACUUGCUAGCUCCUUAAUUUGAAGAAAUUAAAUAUAUAUUUAUAGCAAAAGUUGGUUUAUUUAUGAUAAAGACAUUUUCAUUUGAUAUAUAAAUAAAUGGUAAGGAGGUGCAUAAAUCUAAUCUAAUGGCGUUAAUAUAAUUAAUUUACACUGCCUGCCUUCUACACUGCUGGGAGUGUGAAAGGUCAUUUUUUAUUUAACACACUAAGUUAUUCUCUAAAAAAAAGAUAAACUAGCUAGUAAGCAUCUAACCUUACUUAAUUUACUCCCUAAGGUACGUACAGGACGAAUAUGAUCUUUUCUGCAUUUCGUAUACAGUUUUAUUCCUCUCUUAUAUAAUAAACUUGAUUAUUUUAUGAUAAUGGUACUGUUAUUUAAGCACAAGUUAACUUAUAUAAUUAACUGAACAAGUUGGAUUCUAUAUUUUCCUUUUUGUUAUUUUUCUGGAUUCUAUAGAGUUUGAUUCGGUAUAAUGUUAAUCUAUUUUAAGUUGAUUAUGAUUCGCCAGUGAGUUUGACUUAUAAAUGGAGAAGAUAUUUGUUGGAGGAAGUAAAUGUGAGAGGAUGGGAGGAUCGGCAAAGCUUUAAUUUAGAAUAGUAAAUUAGGUAAGGAAGGAAGCGGAGUAUGAGGAGGCAUUUAAUUACAAGAAUGACUGCUAUAACUUAGGCUCAGACAAAGAUUCCCUCAUUAAAUUCUCCUAUAUGACUGUGCAGGCUUUCCUAUUUAAUGCAAUUCACUGCUACUCUCCUCUCUUCCUACAAUUCCAUUUAUUCAAUGCAUAGCACAGUAUCUUAUGAGCUUCAUACCUACCUAUGCAUUAUCUAUCUAUGUGACUCCCGAUAAACAUAAUAAGUUUGGAUCUUCAGAAUUUUCUGAAUCGAGAAUUAAGAUUCUUAUUGACUCUUAAUUUCCAUAUUUAUUGCAAAUCUUUUCCCUUCUAUGAUAUUUUAUUUUUUAUGUUAAACUCUGAGCCAGUUUCUUUUUAAAUAAUUCAAGGAAGCAGACCCCUUUGAGAAACUGGAAUUCCCCCACCAUUUUAAAGCAUUAUAAAGAAAAAUAUAAGUAUAUACUAAUAAGCUAUUGUCGAGAUGAAUUGUUCGGACCAUUUCAUUUGAUAAAAGAAAAGGGAUUAUUCGUUGAAGAAAAUUAAUGAUUUUUAUAUGUAGUAGGCAGGAGCCCAUAAAUUAAAAUACGCGCUUCAGGGUAAGACAAAAUAUUUGGCAUUCAAGUCUUUCUGCUGGCCAAUAUUUUAGGGUUCAUCUACUGGUUUUAUAUAUGAUGCUGCGAGCUAGAGCCAGGCGCAUCGUCAAGGCAACUCUUAGAGUCUUUUUCAUCACUGCCGUUGCAAGCAAGGCAACAAGAGAAGUCACCUACCCAGAAACAAUUUGAGAAGAAAAAAGAAAAAAAGACUAGAAGCCUAAAAGAGAACCUACACACAUCUUCUUUAUAAGUUCAGUCAGGCCUUUCUCAAAGCAAAUCAGCCAAAGACCUACUCUAUGUCAACUGAAGAAACAGGAAAAUUAAACAUGUCCAGCACGUGGGCUGAACUACCACCGGAACUGCUCCAAGUAAUUGCAGAUAAACAUACCAAUUACGUUGAUUAUCUUGUUACUCGAGCUGUUUGCGGAUCAUGGCAAUCAGCUAUAGCAAAAAGACCCCAUAAUCAUCUUCUCUGUCAACUUCCAUUUCUUUUGCUUCCUUAUUACCAAAACAAUCCAGAUCGUCGCGGAUUCUACAACAUCUCUGACGAUAAAAUAUAUGUCCUUGAAUUGCCUGAAGCUUAUGAAAAGCGUUGCUGCGGAUCGUCCCAUGGUUGGCUAAUUAUGGUUGAAGACAGCCCAUCAAUCUUUCUCUUAAAUCCCUUAACAAGAGAAAGAAUUGAGCUUCCUGCAUUAUCCACUUUCUCUAUUUUCCCUACUGAUGUAGUCUUUGAGAAUUCCAGGAAUUUGAAUGAGAACUUCAUCAUGAGAGAAAAGUUCCACAUUCGCGAUACUUUUAUUGUGAAAGCAAUACUAUCUUCUGAUCCAUCUUUAGAUACAAAUUUCAUGGCGGUGGUAAUAUAUGGCGUCAAUGAGAAUUUAGCUUUCUGUAGAUCAGGAGAUGCUGCAUGGACUGUAAUUGAUGAAACGACAUCACCCCCUCGUCGUUACAAGGAUGCUCUGUUUCGCGCAGGGAAACUCUUUGCAGUUGAUCAAACAGGUGGAAUUUCAAUACUCACUGAAGAAAAUACUAUGAUCCGCUUUGCUGAUCCGCCACUAGUUUCAUCAAGAACAGGAUAUAAGCAGUGGUACUUAGCAAGUUAUAGUGAAGAAGAACUAUUAAUAGUAUGUCGAUAUAGGAAAGUUGUUCCUGAUUAUGAGUACAAAACAGAAAGAUUCGAGAUUUACAAGCUGGAUGAUGGUGGCUGGAAAAAGAAAGAAAGCUUAGGAGAUAAGAUGCUGUUCUUGGGUGGCAAUGGCUCGCUUUCAAUUUCAGCUUUAGAUUACAGCAAGUGCAAAGGGAACUGUAUCUACUUCACGGAUGAUUACAUUAGACUCUGUAAGGAUUAUGUAUGGGAAGGUCAUGAUUAUGGCAUUUACGACAUCGAAGAUGGGAAUAUCAGAAGCUUAGGAUUACCUUCAUAUCCAAUAAAGCACCCAUCCUUCACAGGCAUCUUCUACUUCGAGCACAGCCUAUUUCGCAACACAUCUUUCUUCAUAUUGCCACCUCCAGUUUGGGUUACAAUCAGUCCAUGAAUCAGUUGUCUAUGUAAUGAUUUAGCUCCGUUUCUUUCCAGAAAAAUAUAUUGUUUUCAAAAAUAAUUUCUUGAGUAAAAUUUUUCGUUUAAAAUUUUCUUCUAUUGUUAGAUUGUAUACUACAAAUUAUAAGAAAAUUGUUUUCUCUAGUGUUUCACUAUUAUAUAAAUUCAGAAAAUGACUUGAUUUCUCUUUAUAAGGAAAAUGUUUUUUGUUAAUUACUUUUUCUCGAUAUACUAAUUACAGAAAAAUGUGCAGAACAAAUAUUUUCUGUCAAAUAAACGGAGCCCUCUCUGUUAUUUCUGCUCUUUUCCUUCUUCUUUUUUUUUUUACUUUAAUUUUUAAUUAUUUAUGUGCAAAUUGUAUUUGUACCUAAAUAAUACAUAUACUAGAAAAGUCCUAAAAAAAAUUAACGAAAACCCAAUUCUAUUUGUUUUUUUCCCCCACUUCAAAGUCAUUAUACUAGGAAUAUGACUAAUUAAAAAGUUUUAUUUUGAUAUUAUAUAUAAUGUAAA